AUGUCAUGGUCUUCCCCACAUUUUCAGGACCUAGCAGCACAUUUCCAACUGGCACGUUCAGCAGAGACAGGAGCCAGCCCGCCCGGGACGGCUGCCUCUGCCGGCGUGCCCUGUCCGCGGCUUCGCUUUCUCAACUCCCCAAGCUGGAACCCCGCUAACAAAAGGUGCUUCCCACGACGUGAAGAUAGUAAAAACGAACCUCUCCUUCCCGCGGCGCCACCCUCCAACUUUAUAAACUACAGUCAACUUACUGGAAUGCAGGCGACAGGGAGCCUUCAAGGGGGACAGCUCUCCGGCUGCGCAGAGCCCCGCUGGCCCCGCACUGCCCCGGCUGCGGCGGCGGCGGGUGCGGGGCGAGGCGCUGCCGUUCUGCACCAGCCGCCUGGGCUCCGCGGUGCCCGGAGCCCGGCAAUCGCCGGGGCGCACCGCCUGGCGGCUGCGGCGACGACGAAAGCUACACGGUUCCGCGUGGUCCCGAGCGCUGCAGCAGCCGCCCGCCCCGGAGUGCGGCGCUCCGAGCCCCUGGUGCGUGUCUCCGGCUCCGAGGGAAUUGUGGCUCUUCAAGAAAGGCAGCAGGGGAAAAGCCGAGGCGCUGCUGCCGGGAGCGCCGCCAGCCCGCUCCCAAGCAGUCGGUCACAUCGGGGGCGCGCCGGGAAGCGAGCCGGCGAGCAGGCACCGCAGUUUGCACUCGCAGCCGCGCCGCGGAGAAUGACAAGCUCCGAGGCGGUGCAGCCUUGCGGGGCGCGGGAUGCCACUGCGCAUGAGCCCGGCUGGCUGCGGCACGUCACGGGGGGGCGGGACGGAGGGGGGGCGGGACGAGGAGGGGGCGGGACGAGGAGGGGGCGGGACGAGGAGGGGCGGGGAGGGGGUGAGCCGGGCGGGGCCGGGUGGGAGCAAGAAGCCCAACUACCCCGCGGGAAGGUACCGGAAGUCAGCCGCCUGGGGUUUUGUGAACCUAAAGCUGUUGUGGUUGAACUUGUUUGUCCCCAGAGUCCAUUGUCCCUUAAAAACUAA